GUGACCACGUCAAGGGAACACAGAAGUUAGAAAUCAUGGCGGAGCGCAGGAGACACAAGAAACGAAUUCAGGAGGUCAGUGAACCUACUAAGGAGGAGAAGGUGGUGGCCAAGUACCUGCGCUUUAACUGCCCCACCAAAUCUACCAACAUGAUGGGACAUCGAGUGGAUUACUUUGUCGCCUCCAAAGCAGUGGACUGUCUGCUUGAUUCAAAGUGGGCCAAAACCAAGAAGGGCGAUGAAUCUUUGUUCACAACCAGAGAGUCGGUGGUGGACUACUGCAACAGGCUUCUAAAGAAACAGUUUUUCCACCGAGCCCUGAAAGUGAUGAAGAAGAAGCCAGAGAAAGAUGUAAAGAAAGAAAAGGAGAAGGAGAAAGAAAAAGAGAAGGCUAAAAGUGACAGCGGCAAAGAAGAGGAGAAAAAGGGCAAAAAGGAGAAAGACAAAAAGAAGGAUUUUGAAGCUGCAGACACAAAGAAGGACAAAAAUGAUGACAGUCCAGGAUCGCCAAAGAAGAAGAAGGAUGUGAAAAAGAAGUUCAAGCUAGAACCUCAUGAGGACCAACUGUUCUUAGAUGGAAACGAGGUGUAUUUUUGGGUUUACGAUCCAGUCCAUUUUAAAACCUUUGCCAUGGGAUUGAUACUAGUCAUUGCAGUUAUUGCAGCCACUCUGUUCCCGCUGUGGCCCGCUGAGAUGAGAGUUGGUGUGUACUACCUGAGUGUGGCGGCAGGGUGCUUUGUUGCCAGUAUACUUCUGCUGGCUGUUGCUCGCUGCAUCCUGUUCCUGAUCAUCUGGGUGGUGACCGGUGGUCACCACUUCUGGUUCCUACCAAACUUGACUGCAGACGUGGGCUUUAUCGACUCUUUCCGGCCUCUCUAUACGCACGAUUACAAGGGUCCACGUGCCAACUCAAAAAAAUCAGGUAGUGACAAAUCCGAAAACAAGGGCACAGAUUCCAGCAAAGUGCAGAAAUCAGACAGCGAGAAGAAAGACGGCGAAGAGGAAGAGGAUGAGGAAGACAAUAAGGAUGCGGGCAAUGGCGAGGGGAGUGAGGAAGCGGGUGCAGAACGUCAAUCUGACACAGACAGUGACAGACGAGAGGAGGAAGGAUCGCAGCACAGCAACGGCAACGAUUUUGAAAUGAUCACCAGAGAAGAGCUGGAACAGCACACAGAGGAAGAGGAAGAAGAGGAGGAAGAGCAAAGCAAGACAAAGCCCUUGACUGUUCAAACAUAAACUUUCGGACUCACGCCCACACACAUAAUCCCAUGCUCCAUGUGGACCUGCUGAUGUUCUUCUGGCAUGUUCAGGAGACUUUUCCCAUUUCUGUUCUGGCUGAGAUCUUCCUCUAUGAAAACAGACAGGCUUAAAGGUUAAAUGAGAGAAGACCUUGCAAAUACUAGAAGCAAAGGCUGUUUUGUUUCCAUGAAUAUGCUUCCCCACUUUAGAUGCAAGCAAACACAUUUGGAUCAUGUAUGUCUCCCUAAACAACUGGUUUACACCUUCACCUUUCCUCCUAUUGUGUUAAUGUUAUCUAAUGUCAAGGCGUUUUGUUUUAGAAACAUGUCAGUAGUGUUAAGUGUUUGAGAAGGACUGGAAAGGUGAGCUUUCAGAAUGGUCUUUAAACCACAUAAAGUUUCACUUUUCAGUCAGAAUGAUUUAAAGAAUUAGUUCACCCAAAAAUGAAAAUUCUCAUCAUUUAUUCACCCUUAUGCCAUCCCAGAUGUGUAUGACUUUCUUUCAUCGGCUGAAUUCAAAUGAAGAUUUUUAGAAGAAUAUCUCAGCUCUUUUGGUCCAUACAAUUCAAGUGAAUGGGUGCCAAAAUGUUGAAGCUCCAAAAAUCAUAAAAGUAAUCCAUAAAUUCCAUUGGAUAAAUCAAAGUCUUUAGAAGCUAUAUAAUGGGUCUGGAUAAGAAACGGAUCAAUAUUUAAGUCCUUAUUUUACUAUAAAUUCUCCUCCCUGCUCAGUCAAUCUCCACUUUAACUUUCACGUUCUUCUUGUGUUUUUGGUGAUUCACAUUUUUCAUGCAUAUUGUCCCCUACUGGUCAGGGAGAAGAAUUUAUUGUAAAAUGGAUUAAAUAUGGAUCUUUUUCUCACCCACACCUAUCAUAUCACUUUUGAAGAUAUGUAUUAAAACACUGGAUUUGUAUGGAUUGCUUUUAUGCUGCGUUUAUGUACUUUUUGGAGCGCCAACAUUUUGCCAUCUAUUCAGUUACAUUGCAUUCAAAGCUAAAAUAUUCUGAUGAAAAUCAUAAUUUGUGUUCUGAAAGUCAUACACAUCUGGGAUGGCAUGAGGGUGAGUAAAUGAGAGCAUUUUCAUUUUUGGGUGAACUAUACCUUUAAGAUCUGACACUUUAUUAUUCCAUGUUGGCGCUUUGUUUUUUACCACGUAAUAAUAAAUUGGAUCAUUUGAAAGGACCAACAUUUUGUCACAUAAUAAGUGUUACUAUUAUUCAUUUUAAUCACAAAUCUGAAUAGUUUUUGACCCGUCACAUUUCUGAGGAACACUUGGAGAUCUUGCUUGGCUUGGGAGGCAGUUGUAUUUGCGUGCACUUGUCACACGGUCUGUUGCACAUUGCAAUAGAACUUUAUGAUCCUGAUAAGAAAUAGUCAUUGUUCACGGAAACAAAGAGAAAUUGCUGCAGUAUCCUUGAUACAGAUGUUUUUUGAAACAUCCCAUUAGUAAUCAUUUGGACUGCAUUCAGAAGAGGAAACUACACCCACAUUUGUGCCAAAUUAUGCAGAUAUUGAUGCUUUUUCAUAUGCAUAGCACAUACAAAUUAUGACCAAGUCACUUUGAUUAGCUGCCAGAUAAAUACAGUUCAAACAUGUCAUGCCUCAUACAGUAUGUCCCCUCUCCUGUUAAAAGGAUAAUUCACCCAAAAAUGAAAAUUCGGUCAUCAUUUACUCACCCUCACAUUGUUCCAAAUCCUUAUGACUUUCUUCCAUGGGAGCUGUUUGGCAAAAUUGUGUGUGACAGAAUUUUAAUUGAGGUGAACUAUCCCUUUUACUAUAGCAGAUUAGCUGAAUACAUUCUUAGUCGAAUCACACAUCAUUGUAUCUUAGCCGCUGUUCAUUCACACUUGGUACUUCACAUCCGGUGUGCUAACUUUAAUGUUGAUUCUCUGCGAUAAAUCUUACUUACCUGAUGGACUGUGGUCCAAAAUAGCUUGUUAGUUAGUUAGUGUGCAUUCUAAUAAGGGCUGAGGUCCAAUACUAUCCUUAAAUAGGGUUGCAUACUAUUGACUGGAGUAUUCUUUUACAUUAGCUGUUUUCUUUUUUUUUUACUCAUACUGAAGAUGAUAUUUAAGAGAUUAAAUACAAAUGUAUAAUUUAUAUAUGGAUUCUAUAAAUCUGCCAGAUAUGUUCAUGCCAGCAGUUCGGUGAUCCACUCUGUUCAACAUGAACUGUACUCUAUUUUAUAAUGUCAGAAACCCAGGUUUUUCAUUUUAGCAUUUUAUACAUAUAUUCCAAUCCCCAAUAGGCUAAAUGUUUUCCAUGCCGAAGACUUUGGAAUGAUUGUUUCUGGAAAAUUUAUUGGAUUUAGGAUACAGAAAACAUUUUAUUGCAGAUUCAUUUUGUAGUUACCUAAUGCUCUACUGACAUGUCAUUUUUAAUGCAUGGACUGUUGGUGUUUAUCAGAUGCAUACAAGAGAUUGGAAACACUUGUUUUACCUCAAAAAACCCUUGUUAAAGCUUCCUUUCAAAUACAAGGUCAUCUUAAGUUCAACAGGAGCACACAACUCCUUUUGCUACAGUGAAGAUCUCAGUCCUUUUUUCUUCAAAUGGUAUGAAUCUUUAACCAUGUCUGAAAGUAGAUGAUCUUGUCAGUUAAACCCCAGGAGGGGUCACACUUUAGUGUUCCUUUAGAAAUACUAUGUAUGUCCUCAAUAUUCUUCGUCAUUGACUUUGAAGACCUGGAUAGACUGGGCACACACUUACAUGGCAGUUUUACCUAAUUAAGGGCGUAUGGUUUCUUUUUGUUUUCUGUUUCAUUGUCUCAAAGAUGCUGAUGAGUUUUUUUUUAUUCACAAGAAAUUUCAUUGGGUGUUGCUACACAGUGUCAGUCUGUUAUGUACAAAUGUAUUGUUAAAACAUGCUGUAUUGCAGCAUAUUUCUAAAGAGGGAAUCCCAUUUAUCUUUUUUUUUUUUUUAAUCUGGUCAGCUUGUCCAACUAAUUAAUUGUCCGUAUUUGGAUCAAUAUUGAGGACUGUCUUUUUUGCAAUAUCUUGAGUAUAAUUUAAGUGUCUGUCAAAAGUAUAUCUGUAUCCUUUCAUUGCAAUAAAAAUGCAGGACGCAAGCUAUUUGCAUUGUUUUGCAGUUGUAAACCAUCACUGUACUUAAUUCAGUAAUGCAGUUCAUUGUUUCACAACAAUUUUCUACUAGAUGUGCAACUAUUUUAUCACACGUCACAACACCGAGAAUUCAAUAAAAGCCACUAUAUCCU